AUGGCGGACUCCCCAGACAAGAUUUCCAUCACUAUCUGCGGAGACGGUGGAUGUGAGGAUUCGUACUCGGUUACACGCGUGGUUGAUGGCGUGCCAUACUUCCUCUCCAUCACCGACACGGCCGGCCAGGAGGAGUAUCGCGGAUUGUGGGCGGCUUCCAACCUGCGAUCGGACGCCUUCCUUCUCGUCUACGACAUUACCAACCGAGCGAGCUUGGGAGCCUUGGACUACUUCAUGGAGAUGAUCGACAUCGAAACCGAACAACGAGCCGAAGACAACGACCGUCUGCGCAAGGAACUCGGGGCGAGCGCAGAGGGCCUCGAUGUCGGCAUGCCACCCCCAGUCAAGAUCGUGGCCGGGAACAAGUGUGAUCUGAAGGACAGCAGAGUCAUCGGUGCCCGGGAAGGCCUGGAGUACGCCCGGAAACACGAUUGCGGUUUCAUGGAGACCAGCGCAAGGGAGAUGGUCAACAUUGAGGAAACAUUUGCCCUUCUAGUCCGUCGGGUCGUGGAGGCUCGUCGAGCACACUACCAGAAGGCGCCAACGGCUCAGCAGGCUCCCGCCGGCGACUCUUCAACAGCUGCGAAAGCACCCGCUGGUGCCGUUGCUAGCAAGGAAGCCACUGAAGCAUCGUCGAAGCGCGCGCAGCAACGACAAAGCGGUCUUCGUGGCCUCUUCAAAGGCAAACAGACUAGUCAAGAUGUAGGCCAGGCGGACAAUCUGAAACCCGACAGUCCCAUUUCAGGACAGAAGCUAGCAGGACCUGCAAAGCCCAGCAUAUGGAGGCGCUUGCGUUGUUGUUAGACUGCAGGGUUUGCUUAUCGCUCCUGUCCGUACCUGUUUGUAUCAGCAUUUCUCAUAUACCCCCUUUUGUACACUUUUCACAUUGACAUUCCCCGCAUAACUCUGGUCGAUCCGUGCUGCUGCAUUCACUAGCUGCUCCUGUUGCCCGUUUCUCUUUGGCUUCUAAUUUGCAUAGGUAGAAAGAUCGCGAUGUUUCAAGAAUUCACAUGACGCGAAUAGAUGAUUGUGACGAUGGUCACUCAUGAGGUCACCAGCCAGCCACAUCGUUUGCGGGGCAAACAUGGCGUUUGUCGACCAGGGACAAGGUCCACCAUGCAUAGCAGUAUCUUAUCAGCAACCUCUCCCGGCACCCAGAGUAUCAGCCGAACCCCUGCCGCAUCCCGACGGGAGCGGGAGCUGAACGCAUCCAUGUCAAUCCAUGGUGGUGGGGGCAUUUUCAGUAGACGGACGCGCGAUGACGCUAUUAUGGGGUCCAGACCUACUCUGCCUACAUAGUACUC